CGGACCACGACGCAUGGAAUGAGACUGCGCAUAUACGCAAGGGCGUUCUGGUAGAUACAGGACACCUACGACUGCACAUCUGCGACGCCGAUCACGAGCAGCCAUGGAAGGCGGCCUGGACGUUGAGGCGCACGCGGCGCAAGAGGAGGAACCGAAGCACGCAGGCGGAGACGCAGAGACCGAGGAGGGCAACAAGUUCCAAAAGGCUAUUGGGGCGUGGAGGAAUAUCGACCUUACUGCCCUCGUUCCACAACUCGACACGGUAGCCUCAGACCUCGUCGCAUACCAGCGGGACACUCUCACGCAGCGCAAAGAGCUAGCGCAAAAGACCAAGGAUUUCAGGAAGCUGGACGACGAGAGCAAGCUCAGCGACAUCAAAGCGCUCCUGAAGUCGUACCAGAAUUUCAUCGACCUCAUAUCGAACCAGUCCAAGACUGUCCAGGCCUCUUUCUUCCAACUGUACUCCCCGCUCUCGGAGGCGCCCGACCCAUACCCGCUUCUCGAAGCCUCUGUCGACUCCCUCGUAACCGCCGAAGAGGUUGUGCCCAAGCUCUCUGCUGAGAACGAGCGGCUACAGAAGACAGUCGCAAGCCUGACAUCACAGCUGGAAGAGUCGGAGAAGAAGCUUGAGGAGGAACGAACAGUCCGCAAGACCCUUGAAGAUAGCCGCGACAGCAAGAUCAAGGAAGUCGAGGCCUCAUGGUCUGCAGUACUAGACGAGAAGAAGGACAACUGGGAGGCAAAGGAGAAAAGUCUCGAGGAGAAGGUUGAGAGCCAGGACCGGCUGCUGAAAGAGCUCAAGGCCAACUACGAAGUCUCCCAAAGACUUGGCAGUGGAGAGGAGGCUGCAGGACAGACCAGCGGCGCCACAGCUGCAGAACUUGAGAUUGUCAGCUCGGAAUUGGAAAGGACAAGCCAUCGCCUGGCUGAAAUCGAAGCGCGAAACGAACAAUUGCGUUUGGAGCUUGCGCAGUCUGCCUCUGCACCGGCCCAGCACGUUGCUGUGGAAGAUGAUCCAUCGUUCUUGCGCCUACGCUCUGAGAACUCGUCGUUGCUGCGAAAGCUCGAAAAUGCCCGGUUUGAGAAGGACUCCGAGCGCACACGUCUCGAGACCGGCUCUCGCAAUCUAGAACGCGAGAUCAAAUCCCUCAAGAGCGAGAAGGAAGCUUUGCGGGAGAAAGUGCAGAAAUGGAGCGACUACGAUAACGUGAAACAAGAGUUGGAGGUACUUAAGUCAAUCGAGUUUGCAACAGGCGACGAUGACGACGAAGCAACUGAGGUUGCGUUGUCCCAAAAUGGCGCUACCAGCAAAGGAAAGGGCGAGACGUUGGAGCAGCUUCUGCUUGCGCGCAACAAAAAGAUCAGCAAUGAGCUGACGGUCUUGCGUGUGUCUCACAACGAUUUGCAAAGCAGAUUAGAGGCCCUGCAAGAAGAGCUUUCAGAAACCAAUGCGGAGCUUGAAAAGUCGAAAGCGCUCAACGAGACAUUAGAAGCUGAUCUCGAGAAUGUGCAGCAGGAGGCCUCCAAUGCUUUUGACCCCUCUGGUAGGUCGGUGGCGGGGACAUAUGUAUCCCGUUACCCACAGUCGUCAUUCGCAGGGACACGACGCGGUAGGGCAACCUCGCCUACGUCCUCUAUCAUCUCCGGAUUUGACAACUCUUCACAAAACACCCUCGCAUCGUUGCGUGCUGGCGAGCAGGUGGGUGGAGGGUCAGGCAUCCUGCCAAUGGUCACGGCGCAACGUGACCGCUUCAAGAAGCGCAACUCAGAGCUUGAGACUGAGCUACAAAAGUCGCACUCGACCAUCUCCACAUUACGGUCUGAGAUCGGUUCGCUCCAGAAGGACAACCUUGACCUGUACGAGAAGACGCGUUAUGUGUCAUCCUACAACGCACACAACAGAGGACCUGCAACCUCUGCAUCAUCGUACGGAGCCAAUCCGAAUCCAUCAACCGUUCAAAUUGGCGAUAAUGCGACCGAUCGGUAUCGCUCCGCCUACGAGUCGAAUCUAUCUCCCUUUGCUGCCUUCCGAGGCAGGGAGUCCGCCCGUGCGAUGAAGCGUAUGCAUGUGUUCGAGCGCAUAGUACUGCGAGUUACAAAGUUUGUUCUGGCGACUAGAACCAGUCGAAAUAUAUUCGCAGCAUACCUGUUAGGUAUGCAUUUCAUGGUGUUUUGGAUGCUCUUUUCGACGGCUGGAGCAGGAAGCACGGUUGGUACUGCGGCCAGCGCAGCAGCAGGACCUAUUGAUGUUGGGCCUGGUGAUCUAUGGCACAAAGACACGGCUAGUGAUGGGACCACGUAGAUUUCGUAGUACACUUCCCUCGUGGGCGUGAGCCUAGUUUUGUAAGCGUUGAGCAUCAUCAAGCGAGCCUUGACACUAUUGCAAUAUUACUGACGCACGCAAUCCUACCGCAAUGCCUCAAUCUCUUCUUCC